AUGAAGAUUCUCUGCAUCUGGCUAGCUUAUUAAGCAAAAUAAGAAUACAUACUUUGCUCAUUAAUAUAAACUCAAAUAUUAUUUAAUAAUACAGACUUAAAAUAGCAGCUCUAAUAACCAAUUCUAAUCUUAGCAUAAAUGACUCUGUUUAUAUUCAACUUCAAGUAGGUUGUGCUGGAUUAUGAGUAGAUAAUCAUAAUUAUAGUGUAAUUAGUGAUUUUUAGUUUAUGGUUGUAUAGAGAAAGGAGCUUACGACCAAAAGACAGCGUUGAAGCUCGUCAAAGAAAGAAUUAGCAUUAGUGUACCAUCGAUAUUUAGGUUGAUACUCUGAAGUAACAAUAGAAUCUUAUUCAUACUAUAUCAACGAAAAGAAUAAAUUUACCAUAAAAUUCUUUAUUAUUUAAUGAUUAAUGUGAACUCUUAGAAACUCAAAUUAAUUUUACAGAUUUGAUAACUCAUCCAAAUUAAUAUAAUUAAGCAUUUGAAAUACUUUUAAAUUUAAAAUUUAAUUAUAUUGAAGACACAGCACUAAAAUAAAGAGAACUUAGAAUAAUUGUAUUGGAGAUGUAAAUAGAUGAAUAGCAUCUCUUGACCAUAGACAAGAAUGAGUAUAUGAAAUAUGAAAAUCAGGCUAUGUUGAUACAGUGUAUGGUAGUGGAUGGCAUUAAAUGUUUUUAACUUCAAUUCUUCGCACUCCCCCUAAAAAUGAAUGAUAGUUAGGAAAUAGAAGAAUCAAUGGAGAUUGACAUGUGUAGAUCACUGUCACAUGAAUUGGGCACUAAUUUAAAUAGCAUAAUAACAUUUAUCAAAAUGGCCUUAAAGGAUGAGGAUAUCAGUUGUCAUUUUAAAUCGAAAUACUUGGAACCGAUUAGAAUAAACAGUGAGUAAUUGAAUUUAAUUGUUGGGACGAUUAGAGAUUACAAUUUGAUAAAUUUGAGGCAAUUUAGUUUGAGAUUGGAAGAAGUUGAUAUCGAAUUGGAGAUCCGAUUUAUUGUUUCCUUAUUCAAUGAAAGUAUUGAGAAUAAGAACAUCAAAAUUCAAUAUAGUUUUGAUUUGCAAUCAAGUGUAUUGGUGAAUGACAAAGUGAGGUUUAGAUAAGUGUUAUUUCAAUUGUUGUAGAAUGCCAUAAAGUAUACUUUCGAAUCUGCCAUAACUAUAACUAUACAGAAUGAUAAUUUGGAAUGCUUUAUAUCGAUUUCAGAUGAUGGGAUUGGGAUGGAGGCAGAGAAUAUGAAUUCACUGUUGAAUUCCAACAAAUUUGUGAAAGUGUCAGAACAAUCUGUGGGGGUAGGAUUAGGUCUAGGAAUAUCAAACUAAUUAGUAAAGUAAAUGAGUGGAAAGAACAACUCCAUUAAACUGAACCGAAAGGAUAGGGGCUGUUAAUUCAGUUUCUUUAUAAAAAACCAUUAGUUGGAGAUGUCAAAGGAAAGUAUGCGGAAGUAGUCUUCGGGAUUCGUCAAAAAGAGCAGUUAGACAAUUCGAUUUAUAUCUGCCAAUACCUACUUCGAAGAUUAAGUAAUAGGAGAAUCUAUUCAAAAAAUCCAAAUCUAAAAGACCUUGAUUCAGACUCACUCUAAUUCCUAACAGUAAUUUAUACUUCCAUCCACUAAAAGAAUUUAUGGCCAGCAAGAAAGCAAAAACCAAAGUGAAGAGGAUAGCUUUUCAUCGAUUCAUCCUCCUAUCUUAAGCCCAAAAUUUUAAUAAUCUAUAGUACAAUGCAGUCUCAACAGUGACUGUUGUUCUAGAGUAUUAAUUGUCGACGACGAGUACUUUAAUAUCCAAUGUCUGAAAUUACUGAUGACCAAGUAUUAGUCGAAGUGCGAUUCGGCUUAUAAUGGUAAGGAAGCAUUGUAACUUGUAUAUCAAAAGAAGCAGCAUCCCUGCAAGAAAUGCGGGAACCAAUAUUACAGUCUGAUUUUCCUGGAUAUCAACAUGCCCAUUUUAGACGGUUACAAAACUGUCAAAGAACUCAAGCACUUAAUGAAAUAACAAAUAAUCAACAAGGCUUGGUGUAUUGCUAAUACUGGGUUCUGUGAUCUAGACACAAAACUUAAGAGUUACGAGGCCGGCAUGGAUUAUUACUUAACAAAGCCUUUGGAUUAGAAUGAACUUAGAAAUAUGUUAAAUGUGCUAUUUCCUAUUAAUGAUUACUGA